UAAGUACACAGACCCAGCCACCUAAGCCACUAUUGUCUCUCAUCCCCCUCUCUAAAACCUUAAAAAAUUGAAAUUAUAAGAGAAACAGACAAGGGUCUGUCCCCAAAUCCUUAAACCCAUAAAAAAUCUUUGCUCAUUCUUGAUGAUCUGGCCCUUUUGGGAAGAUAAAAAGUUCUUGAAAACCCAAAACUUUCUGAAUUAUUUGAUAUAAAGAACACUUUUGUUGUGUUAUUUCAUCACCAAUCAUGCAUUCUGAAGAAGAAAUCAGGAUUUUGAAGAAAAGAAAGUUUGAUGAUUACAAGUAUAGCCCACCUGUUGAUGAUACAAUGGAGAUUGAUGCUUCAUCUCUCAGCUUGAAGCCUACAAAGUAUCAAAUGGAGGUCUUUGAAGCUGCUAAGAAGGGAAACACAAUUGCCCAUUCUGAAAUAGGGGCUGAGAAUUCAUUGAUUGCUGUCAUGCUGAUUGAAGAAAUUGCUAAAUCUGUCAAGUUGAGUGGUCGAAAAAGAUUGAUCAUUUUCUUGGCACCCACUGUAGGGCUUGUUCACCAGAACUUUAUGGUUAUGAAAUUCUCUACUGAGCUUCAAGUUGAUGCAUAUCAUGGUUCAAGGGGGAUUGAUUUGUGGAAUGGUAAAUCAUGGGAAAGUGAGAUUGAUAAAAAUGACGUUAUGGUUAUGACCCCUCAAAUACUGCUAGACGCAUUAAGGAAAGCAUUCUUGAAAUUUGAAAUGAUAUGCUUAUUGGUACUUGAUGAAUGCCACCAUACCAAGGGUAACCACCCUUAUGCAAAAUUGAUAAAGGAAUUUUAUCACAAUUCUGAAGUGAAGCCAAAGGUUUUUGGUAUGACUGGAUCCCCUGAAAUAAAAAAAGGGAUAUCUUCUGCUGGUGGCUUUGAGAAAUGCAUAUCAAAACUCGAAGCCAUAUUAGAAUCCCAGAUAUACUCUAAUAAGAUCAGGGCGGAACAGAAAUCAGUCAUUCCCUCUACAACAGAACUUUACCGAUUUUAUGACCCAGCUGUGUGCUCCAACCCUGUUUUGAAACGGAAAUUGGAGUCUACAUGGUUGAAGUUUAAUAGCUCUUUGGGUGCAUUAGAAGCUUCGCUUUCUGACAGCUUCAGGGAUACAGAUGAUAAACAGGUGUCACUUGGAAGCAGAAUGUCUAGCAUUCACCAAAUGAUUUUGUUUUGUAUUGACGAUCUUGGUCUAAUAUGUGCUCUUGAGGCUGUUAAAAUAUUAACAGAGAAGUCCCCUGAUGUCAAUAAAGAUUGUGAAUUUUCUGUCAAUAGUUCUCUUCAGUUGAAAAAUUAUCUUGAAGAGGUGUUGCAGCUUGUUAAGGAACACUUACCCCAAGGCCAUGAAAGUUUGUCGGACGUGGGAUGUGAUCAUUCACAGAUGGUGUCUACCGGCCUUAUAUCUCCAAAGCUUCAUGAACUAAUUCGAAUUUUUAACUCAUUUAGUGAAGCUCAACCAAUACUUUGCCUUGUUUAUGUUGAUCGAAUCAUAAAAGCUAAAGCUAUCGAACGAGUUCUAAAGAAAAUGACCUAUCUAUCUCAUUUAUCGGCUUCACAUCUUACUGGGAACAAUGGCUCAGUAAAUGCUCUGACAACUAAAUUGGAGGAAGAUGCAUUAGAAUCAUUUUGCUCUGGAAAGGUGAACCUUUUAUUUACUACUGAUGUUGAGGGGAUUCAUGUGCCUAACCGUUCCACCAUGAUAUACUUUGACCUGCCAACAACAGGCCGUAGUUAUGUUCAACUAAAAGGGCAAGCAUGCCAAAAUUAUUUUCAGCAUGUGAUGAUGCUAGAGAGGGGAAAUUUGAAGCAAAGAGCCCAGGUAUUUAAUAAUAAACAAAGCGAGUAUUGUAUGUUAAAUACUGUUCUAAGGAUCGAGGAGGAUGCCGCAGUUUUUAAACCUUGUGAUACCAAAGGCAAUGCCAUUGCUGUGGAUGCCACUACAGCAUCAGUCAAAGAGGAGGAUGCAUCAAUCUUAAAACCUUGUAACAAAGACAUGAAUGCAUACACUGUUGAUGUUACUGGAGCAUCUGCCAGAGAAGAGGAUGCCUCGAACUUGAAAUCUUGUAAUACAGACUUGAAUGCAUAUUCUAUGGAUGUUUCGGUUGCAUUAGUCAGAGAAGAGGAUUCCUCAGUCUUAAACCCUUGCAAGGAAAACAUAACUUCAUAUGCUGCGGAUGUUGCUGGAGCAUUAGUCAGAGCAGAGGAUGCCUCGUUUUUAAAACCUUGUAACAAAGACUUGAAUACAGAUGCUGUGGAUGUUACUGGAUCAUCAGUAAGAGAAGCAGUCGCCACUAAAAAAAACAAAGUUUCAAGUACAGGAACAACAAAGAGGAAAGAACUACAUGGAACAACCUGCACUCGAGCUCUUUCAGGAACCUGGGGCAAGGAGAUUGACAACGCGGCCUUUUUUGCCUACAAAUUGGAUUUUGUUUGUAACAUUCCUGAUCAACAGUAUUCAAGUUUCAUAUUUCUAAUUGAGUCAAAGCUUGAAGAUGAUGUUGCAAACUUGGAAGUGGAUUUAUACUUGGUUAAUAAGUUUGUUAAGUCUUCAGUUUCUUCAUGUGGACAAGUACAUCUGAACGCAGAGCAGGUGAGAAAAUCAAUGUGCUUCCAAGAAUUUUUCUUUAAUGGACUAUUCGGAAAGUUGUUUGUCCGCUCUGGUUCGAAGAAAGGAAGAGAGUUUUUGCUUCAGGCAGAUGUCUUAUUAUGGAGCCCAUCCAAUAUGUACUUACUUUUACCAUUGGAGUUUGCAAACACUCCUAGUCGGGAAUUAUGGAAAAUUGAUUGGGCAGGAAUAGAUUCCUGCGUGUCCGAGGUCGAUUUUCUCAAAAAAAAUGCCUGGUUAAGUGCUGAACAAUCAGGCAAUGUUAUUCGGAGUUCAAAGAAUGGUGGUGUAGUUGGGAGUGAUCUUAACUGUGCUGGCAAUAUUCGCUUUGCAAAUAGAUCAGUUCCUAUAACCAACACCAAAGAUAUGGUUGUUAUGUCUGUCCAUACGGGAAGAUUUUAUACUGUUCUUAAAGUCCUUGUGGACACUUCUGCCGAAUCUAGUUUCGACGGAGACUCUGAUGAAGCCCCAUCAAACUAUUCGUCCUUCAUUGACUACUUUCAGAAAAAGUACGGGAUAUCUCUUGUACAUCCUGAACAGCCUCUAUUGCUAAUGAAACAAAGCCAUAAAGCCCACAAUCUUCUCGUUAAUUUCAAAGAAGGCUUCUCAAGCAAAAAGAAAAAAGAGACUAAGAGUAAAAAGUUGGACAGAAAGCCAUAUGAGCUUGUUCGCAUUCCACCAGAACUUCUUGUUGCUGUUGAUGUGAGAUUAAGUGUGUUGAAGUCAAUGUAUUUGCUACCCUCGGUAGUACACCGUUUAGAGACCUUAAUGUUGGCAAGCCAGCUUCGAGAUGAGAUCAAAAGUCACUGUGGAAAUUUUCAAAUAUCAAGUUCACUGAUUCUAGAAGCUCUGACAACUACAAAAUAUAACUCGAGUUUCUCCAUGGAGCGUUUAGAGUUACUUGGAGAUUCUGUUCUGAAAUAUGUUUUAAGUUGCCAUCUAUUUUUUAAAUAUCCUGACAAACAUGAAGGACAACUCUCUGAAUGUCGCACACAGGCUGUUCGCAACUCCACUUUGCAUAAAUUUGGAACUGAUAAAAAGAUACAGGGGUAUAUUCGAGAUAGCCCUUUCGAUCCACUACGAUGGACAGCUCCUGGACAACAAUCUAUACAAUUUUUUCCAUGUGAACAUGGAGUGGAUACACCAGAAGUGCCUCUAGAUAGUAAGUUUGUAACUGAAGACCCAAAAAUUAAAAUCGGCAAGUGUUGUGAUAUGGGUCAUAGAUGGAUGGGCUCCAAGACUAUAUCUGAUUGCGUUGAAGCCCUUAUAGGAGCCUACUAUAUUGGAGGCGGGUUGAUGGCCUCAAUACAACUGAUGAAAUGGUUCGGUAUGGAUGUUGAAGUUCAGCCCUUACUGCUUGAUGAAGCCAUUAAAAAAGCAUCUCUCCAUUCCUAUAACCCUAAAGAUAUAGAGAGCGAGAUCCUGGAGGCGAAAUUGGAGUAUAAAUUUUUAGUCAAAGGUUUGUUAGUAGAGGCCAUUACACAUGCUUCUGACGGGCAAGUAGAAGACCGUGGCUAUAGUUAUGAGAGACUUGAAUUUUUGGGGGACUCCGUGUUGGAUAUACUUAUUACAGUUUACCUGUACCAAAGCCACACAGAUAUUGAUCCUGGGGAGUUAACAGACUUGAGAUCAGCCUCUGUCAAUAAUGAAAAUUUUGCACAAGCUGCUGUCAGAAGAAAACUUCAUCUUCAUCUCAAACACUGCCCUGGGCUUCUCUCAAAUCAAAUAACCGAGUAUGCAAGUUUUGUUUCUGGUCUGUGCAGCAACACCUACACCCCCCAAGCUGCAAAAUGCCCCAAGGCACUUGGCGACUUGGUGGAGAGUAUUGCAGGGGCAAUAUUAGUUGAUAGCAGGCUUAAUUUGGAUGAAGUGUGGAGAGUCUUCAAGCCAAUAUUAUCGCCGAUUGUCACACCUGAUAAACUGGAACUACCCCCUCUACGUGAAUUAAUUUUGUUGUGCGACUCCCUCGGGUUUUUUAUUAAAGAAAGUUGUCUUACCAGAGGAGAAACAGUUUUUGCUGAGCUUAGUGUACAGCUUGAAGAUACACGGUUGAGUGGAGAGGGGUUUGGGCAAAACAGGAAAAUUGCGAAGGGAAAUGCAGCUUUUCAGUUGCUAAAAGAUCUAGAGGGUAGAGGAUUUUCACUACGAAAACAGAAUCAGGAUCCUGCUGUUGACUCAUCUUCUAUGGAUUCGGUAGAAGCAUGCCCUGAAGCUUUGUCCGUUGUUCCAUCAUUCAAGAAGCAAAAGACGUGUGAUUUUCAAACCACAACUAACACUUCUAGUGCAAAUGGUGUUUCUGAACUUAAUAUACUCGCAGUCAAACCAAUCAACCGGAAUAAAGGUGGGCCGCGAAUCGCUCUGUAUGAUGUGUGCAGGAGAACACAGUGGCCGUUGCCUAAAUUUGAGACAGCCGAGGAGAAGUCAAGAUCUCCCAUUGAAUUCACAGACGGUUUAGAAAAAAGGCAAGGAUUUAGUAGUUUUGUGUCGGAAAUUACCUUGACCAUUCCAGACCGCUGUACUGUUGUAGUCAAUGGACAAGCACGGCCAGACAAGAAAAGUUCUUUAGAUUCUGGUUGUCUUAUGAUGCUGUAUGAACUGGAGCAACGGGGAUUUCUCACCAUUGAGAAAUCAUGAUGUUCUCUGCUGCAUAUACAUAGCUAGUCCAUUUCUGAUUAUUACUACCAUAAACUACAAAGCUAAGCUAAGCUAGAAGCUAAUUGUAAGCAACAAUUGAUAUUGGUUUUAGCUUGCCAACAACAUUCUCAUCUUAAUGCAUAUAUAAAAUAUGUUGGGAUGAUUGUAAAAACGUUUGCAUUUAGUUUUCAGGUAAUUGUUCGGUUUUGUUUUA